AUAAGCUAUAUUUGAUUUUUUAUUAUUAAGACAGCUAAGUAAUUUGAUUGAACAAAUUAAGCAGGAAGUGCACUUCAAUCUCCUGUAAAAAUCCAACCUUUUGUUGGAUUGAAGUUUGAAGGACAUGUAUUAGACACACCUAGGCCACACCUGAACCUCAUCUCUCUCUCUCAAUAAAUUAUAUCUCAUACGGCCAUGGCUGCUACUGCAGAAUUAGUAGGCAAUGAUCGGGAUAGUCAUCAGGAAAUAAUGGCACUAAGUCUACAGAAAUUGGUCGAAUCACUUGGCAGGGUUGAGGCGUUACUUAAGGUACUUGUGGAAUCGCAAGUAAAUGCAUCACAGUUUGUAAAAAACACUGGCGUUGUUAUUAGUAUUGACGAAGAAAAACAUAAAACUGCCACAAACCCAUCAUCUUUAUUAAUUAAUCCUCUUCAUCAUCCAGAUUUAGCGUCGACGUCAUCAACAUUAUUGACACCAGAAGAAGAUACUAUCAUCACUACUGCUACUACGGAUAAUUUAAGUGCAAUCAUGGAAAAGCCAUCAACAGUGAACGAUAAUAAGGACAUUACCCAAGUGAUACAUAAUGAUCAUAAUGAUCAGAUAGAGAAAUCUGCUGGAGAUGGUGAGCAGGUGACGACUAAAGUUUAUUUGGAUGGAUACCAGGAGCUAUACUGUGCAGCGAUAAAGAGUGACUGGAAAGUGGCUAAAAUUUUUUUGGAAAAGAAUCCAGAAGCAAUUACAAAAGUGAUUACUAGUGAUUCACAAACAGUGUUGCAUGUAGCUGUAAUUGAAGGAAAUCUGAUGUUUAUAGAGGAGAUUGUGAGUAUCAUGCCCCCAGAAAUACUUGAAUAUAGAACAAGGACUAGUGGUUAUACAGCACUUCAUUAUGCUGCUAUGUAUGGAUUCGCUAAAGCCGCUGAGGUGAUGGUAUGCAAAACUCCCAAUUUGCCUCAGAUAGUUAACGGGUUAGGAAGGGUACCACUUGAUAGUGCUCUAACAUCAGUUACAGCCGGACAAAGAGAGACAGUUGAGUAUCUUUAUUCCGUAACUAGACACGAGCACCCAAGUCCGUUCUCUGGUAGUCAAGGUGAAUCUCUUUUAUGUCGGACGAUUGAUGCUGGCUUUUACGAUAUUGCAUCAUCUAUUGUCCAGCGAUUUCCAGAACUGAUUAUUGAUCAGACGAAGAAAGUGCAGACAAAAGCAAUGGAUUACAUGGCAGAAAGGCAGUUUAUGUUCCCUAGUGGAGCUCAGCUUACAUUCUGGCAACGCUGCAUCUAUUCAUUGGUAGAAGUGGACAUAAAUAUUACAUAUGGGCUUGACACCCGAACAAACAAAAGCAGUUCUUCACUUAGCUCAGAAGUAAGCCUUCCCCAAAGCUUGAAAGGCACCAAUGGGGACGAAGAGAACCCUGUUGAAAGAUUUUAUGGUCCCUGCAGAGGCGGAAAGAACCCACCCGAGAAUUCAGAUUCAUUGGAAAUCGUUGUUAAAUGUCUAUCUGCAGCCAGAAUCAUGGUUUUACUCAUCAUCAAGUUAUAUGUGUUCCUCAGGCGCUUCAUCUGGUCACCAGUGACUAUUAUCAAAGAGUUAUAUAAACAAUUAUAUGAUGACAAAGUGAAGCACAAACAAGCUGAAGCCUUGGUUCAUAUUAUAUUUACAACACUUAAAGAAAGAAUGAACAAGGUUGAAAUUAUAGAUUUUUUUAGACAAUCUAACGUCAUGAAGUUGGCUAUAAGGCAUGGAAGUGUAGAGUUUGUAGAGGUGUGUAUUCAACUCUUUCCAUUCCUAAUUUGGUAUGAGAUGGGGGGACAAUCUAUGAUACAAAUGGCUAUUGCUGAACGAAAUGAAACAAUUUUGUACCUUAUUUGUAAAGAAAGCGGAAAAGAAAAACUCGAUCUAGUUACCAGAGAUGAUGGCAAGGGCAACACUAUCUUGCAUUAUGCUGCCAAGUUAGCACCUGCUGCUCACCGUAAUUCGAUCCCUGGUGCAUAUCUUCAGAUGCAACGAGAAAUGCAAUGGUUGAAGGGGGUGGAAAACAUGAUUUCCGAGAAAAAUAAAUUUAAGAAAAACGAAAAUGGGGAUACAGCACAUGAUAUAUUUACUAAAGAACACAAAGAUUUAAAGGAAAGUGGAGAAAAGUGGUUCAAGGAUACCUCUGGAUCGUGCAUGCUAGUAGCUGCUCUCAUUGCUACCGUAGCAUUCGCUUCCUCUUUUACUGUUCCUGGAGGCUAUAUUAGUGAUAGUAAAAGCAGUAAGAACGGCAUCCCGGUUUUUUUAGGAAAGAAUUUAUUUAUGGUCUUUGCAGUAGCAGAUGCCUUCGCUUUAUUCUCUUCUCUCACAUCAGUACUAAUGUUCUUGGCUGUAUAUACUUCGCGGUAUACAGAAUUUGAUUUUCUCGAGUCCUUGCCACAGAAGUUAAUAUUAGGACUUGCAACUCUGUACAUAUCUAUGGCUAGUGUAUUGAUAGCUUUCAGUGCAUCGCUCUUUAUCGUGCUUGGAGAGAUAUUCACAUGGGCUCUCAUUCCUAUUGUGGGGUUUAGUUGUGUUCCUGUGAUCUUGAUCGCAAGAUUGAAGUUGCCGUUGUUUUUUGACAUGAUUCGUUGCACAUACUGGAGAAGCAUCUUACGGGAACAUACCUACAUCUCCAGCCUACAGCUAAAUGCAAAGAAACUAAGACAGAAAACUUAACUGAGAAUGCAGACAUAAUCGGUUGUUCAGGCCAUGUCUGGACCCCCAAGUUUCACAACCAAUAUUUUAGAUUAUUCAAUGUGUGAUCCAGUAGUCAGCUGGUUGUAACCGGGGAGGCCCAACAAUAGUAAAUGUAGUAAUUAUAUGCAAUACUUUGUAAUAGCUGGUUGGC